AUGGCUCUGCUCGUGCACAUUCUGACGGUGGCGGGUGCGGUGCUGAGCGGUGGAGUGGCGUGCGCGCCCGUGGUGGAGCACGGUGCGGAGGCGCUGGGCUGGACGCAGGUGGUGCGCCGCAGACACCUGUACGCCGCCAGGACGGGCCUCCACCUGCUGAUCAGCGCGGACGGACACGUGCACGGAUCUGUGGACCAGAGCCCCUACAGUCUGUUGGAGAUCACUCCGCUGAGCCCGGGUUGUGUUGCUCUCAGAGGAGUUGCGUCUGAGCGUUUUUUGUGUAUGCGAGAGGACGCCACGCUCUACACUUCAAGGGCGUACUUGAGAGAGGACUGCUCCUUCAGAGAGCAGGUGCUGGCGGAUGGAUACAGCGCGUACUCGUCCGACACACACGGGCUUCUGCUGAGCCUGGGCAGCCCGCGGCAGAGGCAGAGGGGGCGGGACAGAGGAGCGCCGGCUCUGGCCCAAUUCCUGCCCCGGGUCAGCACUCUGGAGGGGCCCGCUCUGCCCCGCCUCCCCCCCUCUGUCCCGCCCCUCACCACACACCCCCAGGAGCCGCUGGAGCACAUGGAGGCGUUUGGAAAGCUCUCUCAGAUCAUCCACAGCCCGAGUUUCCACGAGAGAUGA